ACUGAUGUUCUGUGCGGAACCAAGGUUAUUGGUCAUGAUUUCCGUACGACCCAUUUACAAGCAGCGGUCUUAUGUCAUUAUCUCGAAAUAUCUGGUCAGUUAUUGUAGACUACUACAGAUAAAAUAUUCCGAGGAUUUUUUAGUUAUUCCUAUUCUUUGUGUUUAAGUAGAUUCUCUUAGUUUUAGCAGUAAGUGUUUGACAAUAGCGAGUCUAGUGACAGACUGAUCCACAUGAGCGUCUGCUACAGUGCUGCAGAUUUUCACGUGCACGGACUCAAUAUUUUACCAAUCAUAAACAUUUGGACUAGCAAUACAGUGCGUCUCAGUUGACGUGCAGAUGAUGAAAUAAGGGUCCUGCCGGGAGUAAUGUUUUGAAAAGCAUGUUGAGUCAAGGAAUAUUCAACAUAAGGUGUUAGGGAUGGAGCUGCAGGCUGUGCUGAUGGCAGCAGGUGGAGGCUCCAGGAUGAUGGAUCUCACCUAUAACACCCCCAAACCUCUGCUACCUGUGGGCAACAGACCCCUCAUCUGGUACCCCCUCAACCUGCUGGAGAGAGUGGGCUUUGAAGAGGUGAUUAUCAUAACCACUAAAGAGGUUCAGAAGGCCCUGAGCACCGAUCAGCGCCUGAAGACGGAUGUGAAGAUGAGGUUGGAUAUUGUAUGUAUUCAGGAGGAAACUGACAUGGGCACCGCAGAUGCCCUUCGACACAUACAGCAAAAGAUCAAGACAGACAUCUUGGUGGUGAGCUGUGAUUUGAUAACGGAUGUGGCUCUGCAUGAGGUUGUGGACCUCUUUCGUGCACACAACGCCACCCUGUCGAUGCUCAUGAGCAAAGUGCAUGAAUUCACAGAGACUGUCCCUGGCCAAAAGGGCAAGAAGAAAGCAGGAGAGCAGCGGGACUUUGUAGGCGUGGACGUCACGGGAAAGAGGCUUCUGUUCAUGGCCAAUGAGGCAGACCUGGAGGAAGGCCUUGUUCUCCGGAAGUCCAUCAUGCGCAAACAUCCCAGAAUGCUCAUCAAGACCGGCCUGCUGGAUGCCCACCUGUACUGCCUGAAGAGAUCUGUGGUUGAUUUCUUAGUACACAACAAGUCUGUCACCUCAAUCAGGGGGGAAUUAGUGCCAUUUUUGGUGCGUAAGCAAUUCUCCAAGUCUUUGAACUCCAAAAAUGCAACAGAGGAUACAGAGAAGAAUCAAAAACAACAGGAUGCUCACCACAAUUUGGAGCUCCUCAGCACUAGUAAAGAUGAGGCGCUGCUCCAGCUUGCCCGGGAGAGGUCAUGUUGGAACGAUCAUCGUGGAGACAUGAGUGAGGCCUACCAUGGUGGAAAGCUACGCUGCUAUGUUCACAUCAUGGAGGAGGGCAUGUGUUAUCGUGUGAACACGCUCGCCGCUUAUAUAGAGGCCAAUCGUGUGGUUCCAAAGCUGUUUGAGGACCCUCCAAUCCAUCCGACUGCUGUGGUCUCAGAACGCUUUUUGGUUGGAAGUGACAGCAUUAUUGGGCCAUUUUGCCAGAUAUCAGACAAGACAUCCAUCAAGCGUUCAAAUGUUGGCACAUCAUCUACAAUCAAGGAGAAGGUGAAGAUCACCAACUCCAUCAUCAUGAAUGGAGUCACUAUUGAAGAAGGGUGUAACAUUCAAGGUAGCGUGAUCUGCAACAAUGCAGUGAUUGGACGUGGAGCCGACAUGAAGUACUGUCUCGUGGGGAGCGGCCAGCGCGUAGAGCCAGAGGCUGAAAGAACCAAUGAGGUCAUCGUUGGAUCAGACCAACUCAUGGAGAUCUAGAACCCUGGUGGAGAUGGAUCACAGACCCGAAGACGCCCAGAUCAACCUGCUUCCGUGUGCAUAACCCCUGCACAGGAUCCAUUUUUUUUUAUGUGUCCGAAUAAAAAUGGAUUUAUUUAU